CUUAAGUAUUUGCAUCUUGUUCUUGUAACUUUGAAUGGUAAAAGAUACUCCGUAGAUUGUUGUUAUACAUGAUUUCCAAAUUAAGUAAUCAUUUACUCCAUGUGUUUUAAUAUGUUUUCUCCAAUGUUUCUGCCUUACUAGUCUAUUUCAAUCCAUCUUUUUUGUUUAUGCAGCGACAUUCCCAUGGCCCAGUUCAUCAUUAGCAUGAAUGAAUGCCGGAUGAGUGUUACAACAAGGGGUCGUGUAGCAAUGAUGCCUAUUGGAACACCUAGACUGCCUUACACAAACUCUGUUGAAGGAACUUGGCAGUGGGUUGAUUACUUUAUUGGGGAUUCAGAGAGGCUCUAUAUGUACAUUAAUGGAGAUGUUAGUUCUUCAUUUACAACUUGCUCACAUAUGAUGCAGAGUUUGAAAAGUCCUGUUAGAACUCAUUGUGCGGGAUAUGCUUAUAAUUUGGCAGGUUUUCUACUUGCAGCUGAGGAGGGACCAGAUCCGUUUGGUAGGAUCCUGAAAUGCUGCAAGCUCACAGAGUCGCAGGAGGCGAAGCUCCUCAACUGCCCAUUUGCGCGGGAUUCCGAGAAUGUUACGCUCACGGACUCGGUUCCCCUCAGCCAGUUUUCCUCCAUGACGCACUCUGAAGACGAUCACAUCUUCGUACUUACGCCGCCCGAAACCCAGAUCUCAGCCGACGAAUCGACUUUGGAAGUGAAUUCAGUCUUCCACACCCCGCCGGAACAUCACCUCUCCUCCUCCGAGGACCAAAACCCUAAUGUGGAUGAUACAAGGAGGCAGGUGUUGGAUGAUGAGCCGGAGAGCAAGAGAAUCAGAGCUGUUUCUGGAGAUACCAAAACAGAGAUCGAGGAAGAUGAUGGUGUUCAUAUCAAUGAGGUUAUUGAUUUAAGUGAUUCUGAAAUUGAAAGUGGGAGAUUGAAGGGGAAAGCUGUUGAAGAAUGUGCAGAGAUGCAUUUAAGUGAUUCUGAAAUUGGAGGUGAGGAUUGUGAUUCAAGUGGGAGAUUGAAGGGGAAAGCUGUUGAAGAACGUGCAGAGAUGCCUACAGAUGGAGGUGAAGGAAUUGAGGAGGAUAACGAUGUUGCUGAGGUAGUUGGACUGUUUGGGAUGGUGGAUAAACUCACGGCCAUUUUUGGAUUUCCAGAUGCUGGUGAGCAUGUAGACUUUCUUGACACAGCCAAGGAGAAUGGUAUGGUGUUUCCCAAGCCAAGAUGGCACCAGGAAUCCUAAAUUUCUAAGCCUUUUAUCUUAACUUUUGCAGACACCUUUUGAUUAUGUAUUUUGGUGAUGAUAUGUACAAAGUCAGUGUCUGUUUUGGCUUCCAUCCAUCAUUGUAUAACCUGGUUUGAGAUGGAUGAGUUGAUUGCUUGUAAUCAAGUUUGACAUGGUAUUGGAAUGCAAGAAUUUGGUUUAGUA